CAUGCAGAUGUGUAAUGGGCUCACGAGAAGCCCAGUUCAAAGCCCAUUGGAUGCCUUACUUUUUGAAUUUCUCGGACCUCAGCGCAUGACGACAUCAAAUGUUCUCCUUCCUUAUCUUCCUCCUCUUCUUCAUUCUACUUGAAACUAGUCGUGAGCAGAGCAAGCAACGAUGAAAGGACUUGUGCUCCAAUGGAGUCCCUACUACCGCCACCAGAACCCCCUCGCUCCUCCGGGAUCGUUUCAUUUCAAUCGCCUAUCUAUCCCGAGAAGCAAACGGAUACAGCCGACGGUGAUCAGAGCGACGCUUGAUUCCGGGACGACGGAAGAAGUACAACAGCAGCUGACGGCGAGAGACAGGAGGCAGCUUCGGAACCAACGGCGGGAGAGCAAAUCAGGACACAGCUGGAGAGAAGAAGUGGAAGAAAGGCUUAGCAAGAAGCCUAAGAAGGAGAACACGAGGAAGCGAGACGCUCUCAGCAUCGAUCGCCUAUCUCUGUUGGGCCCGCAGUGGUGGGUCUUUCGGGUCUCCCGAAUUCGGGGCCACGAGACCGCCCAGCUCGUCGCCCGCUUGCUCGCCCGGAACUACCCGGAUUUUGAAUUCAAGGUUUAUGCACCGUCUGUGAAGGAGAAGAGGAAAUUGAAGAACGGUACGUAUUCGAUCAAGCAGAAGCCUAUAUUUCCAGGGUGUGUGUUCUUGUGGUGUGUAUUGAACAAAGAGAUGCACGAUUUCAUAUUUGAAAUCGACGGAGUUGGUGGAUUUGUAGGUGCCAAAGUCGGAUAUAUGGCGAGAAGAUUCAACAUCCCUAGGCCAGUAUCCGAGGAUGACAUAGAAAAGCUCUUCAAACAGGCAAAGGAGGAACAGGAAAAACAUGACAAGGCCUUUGAGGAACAAGAGCAGCAGCAGCAAGCGGGAGAAGGGAAAGGCUUGACAAAGGUAGACGGCAGUGAUGUUGUGAAGUCUGGUGCAGAUUCCAAGCCGAAGAGGGGAACCACAAGAGUUGGAGACCCUGUUGUCAAUGGAUCGAUCAAGAAAAAGGGUAGCAAGCGGCUGGCUGCUGGUUCGAAGGUUCGGGUUAAAUCUGGGACCUUUGCAGAAUUUGAAGGCAGCCUUAAGAAAGUACAUCGCAAGACCGGAAAGGCAACAGUUGGCUUUACACUAUUUGGUAAAGAGACUUUAGUAGAACUAGAUCUCCAUGAGAUUGUAUCAGAAACAGAAUGACAGUAAAGAGACGGCUUCUCUCCGUCUUUUGAGCAGGGUAAGUACCUCCAUUUUGUUAGUAAUGUUAGCAGCAUUUCUUCCUUGUGGCAAUCUACAGUCGAUGCACCAGAUUUUUCUUUCGUGGAUCACUGAAUGACAGAACUCAAAACAACCUACAACGCAAAGUAGUGGAGAACGAGGUAAGAUAACCAAAAAUACACUACCAGAAGUUCUUUUCUAACGUGUCCAUCUAUACACUACCACCACUAGUAGUUCUUUCCUAAAUUAUUACAACUAUUCCCUUUUGGUAGUGGGGAAAAAGACUUAUGGAACAGAUUGUAUGGUCAGUGAACCAGCAUCUAAGAUCCAGUUAGUAUGCAAAGUGAAAUUUGCAGCUAGGCCAAGACCAUAUUUACCUCUGAGUUGGCACGUCCUAUGAUCUGAUGAUGUGCAGACCUUUCAUUCUCGGUGGAAAUCUGAGUGAUGCCUAGGAUUAUUAGCAUUGUAAGCUUCUCUCUCUCUCUCUCUAGCUUAUAGGAUCAUUUACUUGUUACUUUCUCGUUCUAGGUACUGAAUGCUUGUUCUGAAUUUCUUUGACAAGUGUUGGGUUGGAUGCUUGAAAAUGCAUUUGCGAGGUGAGGCUGAUGUGUAGUGAAACCAUCUAAUGAACCGAAUACGGCCAUAAACCAGAAAUGCAUUAGUCAAAUAAGGGAGCAACUCUAUAUGCAGCAAAUCCAAUGUAUCAGUUCGUAACAUUGAUUUCAGGGGCCAUGAUUGUGCAUUUAGGAGGGUGGAUUGUGCGUUUUGCAGUCAAAGAAGAGCUAGUAAUACAUAAUUGCAACACUCUAUCUGAAUAAUUGUCAAAAACAACAAGCAAAAGGAAACACUAUUUGAAAAUGCGUUCAAAGAUGUAUCGUAGAAUGACAUGGAUUUGGCUCGGGAAUUGUUUUUUAUGCUUUAAAGGUUCAAAUUUUGAAAAUUGAAAAGUAUUUUUUAUUUAUAACAUAAAAGUAUAAGUUUCGAUUUGAAACUUCUGUUAAAAACUGUUUUCAACAUACAAGAUAUUUUAAUAUCUAUGCCAAUUUUUUUUUAAAAAGUCGAGAAAACUUAUUUUUCUUUCAUUUGUGUUAUUUUAAAACAAAAUAAAUUAGAAAGUUAUAUUAGUUAAUAUAAAAAAAUUAGCAAGAUUUAUUUUGUUUUUUUAAAUUUUUACUCAUAGUUUAUAUUAAAAAUAUUUGUUAUCAUUUUAUAUGACCUAUGAUAUUAAAAAGUAGGGUAUGCCUAUGGUGACUUGUAAGUUAUCAUGACUGGGAAAAAAUGGUCGACCAGAAAGAAGUCGUGGUUAAAGACCCAAAAUGGCCUUUUAGGCCCCUAAAAAAAUAAAGAGAUGCAACCCUUAGGGCUAAAAAUUUUGUUUCGUAUUAAGUAAUUCUAACUUAUGAAUAAUAAAAUUAUGUUUUUUAAUUUAAAAUUUAUACAUUCGGUCACGAUAAUUCGAUACAAACAUUCCGAUAAAUUUUGAAUAAUUCGAAGAUACUUUUGUCUUAGUUGAAAUGGAAGAAAGUUACACCGAAAUGAACUUCGUUCAUCAAAAUUUCCAAGAUUUUCGACCAAAUUCCGAGAUACUUCUGUUUUUAGUUGAAAUGAGCGAAUGUUCCAAAUUUUAAGUAUAUUUAUUUUCUUCAAAUAGCAAUCGAACGGUCGAAAGUUACAACAAAAGAAGUUUCGUUGGUUUAAAAAACACACACAUGGCAGAGGAUAGGAACUAGGACUAGGAAGCGGAGAUGGCCAAUUCAUGCACACACUAGUAGGGCUGGGAAAAUAGACCAGACCGUUAGAAAAAUCAUGGCCCAAACCGUACCACACAGUUUGGUCCGGGCCGUAGACCGUUAAGUAUGGUCUGGUCUGUUCCAUGGUCUGUAUUAUUUUAUGUUUUGAUAUAUUGGUCUGGUCUAGACUGUUGUUUGCCGGACCAAACUGUGGACUCAAUCGACUUGUCAAUACGUGUUAAAAGCACAUUCGACCACUCUCCUAACUCCCACAAUGACACCCAAGUCUCAACCUUAGUUUUGUGAAUCUGGUCCCUCCUUUAUUAACAACCACAUUUAACCAGACUGUAGAGAUAAUUGUGUCUCCAUAUGACAUUAUGUUAAUGUUUAUGGCGUUAUGGUGCAAGUUGGGAUGCUUUUACUUUGUAUCUUUGUUAUGUACUAAGAUUUAGGAUAUCAAAAUUCUUCAUGCAUGUUAGGAUUAAUGUUUUGAGCAUGGUCCAUGAAAUCGUACCGCACCAGCGGUUCAACUACGAAAUACCAAUAUCGAAGGCUAAAUCGGUAGGCGGUAUUUAACGGUCUAACGAUUGAACUACGGUUAAACCACGGUUUUAACUUUUACCAUAAAAUACCAUAUCGCUUACUUUCCCGGUACGGUUUCAUGGACCAUGGUUUUGAGGCAAAUAACAAUUAUUUUUCUUGGUUAUUGGUUCAAUUUUUUGUGUGGCUGACUAAACAAAUUAUUCAUUUUUCGUUGAGUGUGGUCUAUCUGAACGAGACCAGACCAAAUUAGACCGCACAGGCGUGGUAUGGAUCGGACCUUAUAGUCUGUGGUCUGAUCUGUGGUCUAUACUUCAACCUCUUGGUCUGGAUCAUUAAGCGUAUAUAUGGUCUGGUCUAGACCAGACUGCACCGUUUUCUAACCGUAAAUCAUUCUAGCGUUGAUUUUUUAUUUUGUGUUGGAGAUGAUGAACCUGGCUAGGCAUUGCUUCAUUUACAACCCCAAGCCAUAAAAUAUACGCAUGAUCGAUCCGAUCCAGAAGCCAAAGGGGAAGGAUUGGUGGUCCUAUAGUUUUGGUUGUGGCCUUUGCCUUGCCGUGCCCGUGAACCACGUUAAGGCCUACCAAAAAUUAAAUAAAUGCCAAGGCACUAUUACUAUAGCCCCAGCCUGCUUCCUUCCACAAUCAGUAUACGGUCUGGUCUUUAUCUAAACUUGGCUAGCUUUUAGGCUUGUUGCCCUAAAAAAAUCCAAGGUGACGCCUCUCUCUAUCUCUCUCUCUUUCUGUCCAUGAGGACGGCUAACUUUCUCUCUUUUCUCCUCCUGUCUUUCUCUACGGGGGUGGAGGCAUGCAACCUGUCUAGUCCUAGUCGACCACACACACUCACCAUGGAUUGGGACGGGUCGGGUCGUUAACUUGAACGUGCAAUUGUUGAUUUGGGUAGAGGAACUAGGAAGCUCCCGUUGUAAGAUACAUUUUUAGCAAACUAUAAUUAUGUAUUGCAUAUUGCCUACUAUAAGAUUUUUUUUUUUUUUUUCAUGAUGGAGAACUCUUACUUACGGUCGUCAUAUUGAGUGACAACGCAGACACUGCUCGAAUAUAAGGGUCAGGGGGUUGUGGGAAGGCAGGCCAGGGCAUACCUACCCGUCGAGGAUGGUUAACACCAAGUUUCUUCACCGAGGAUUAAUGAGUCACUCGGUUUAGCCUGAAAAAUAUGGAAAGAGUCAUUAUAUUGUAUUUAUCCUGAUAAAUUAUAUCAAUUCUCAUCUAACAUAUGAGUUAUAACAUAUAAUAUUCCACCAAAAUAACAUGUUGUACUUAGAUCCAACAUAUAGUGAAAAUUCAUACACACUUAUAUAACAUAUAUAUUCAAAUGUUCAACUUAGAAUUCCAAAGAUUGAGUUAUGAGAAUAUGAAAAUCAGAAAUUAGGCGCACUUCGCAAACCAAAGAAAAAAAUGACACAAUUUGACCUCCAGCCCGAUGCUUUGUAGCGGUCGUUCCGGCGUGUGCAUGCGGCUCGUUUUUCUCACCUGGCCAGGGUCAAAGUCGACAACCUUGCUAUAUGUAUAUGCUCCUAAGCCGCCAUAAUUUCGUUUAAAAAAUUAAUUUAAUUGUA